UAAAAAGCCGAUAAUGAUGUAUUGAAGUAUUUAAAAAAACAUAUUUUCACAAUGUGAAGAUAACUUUACUAACAUACAAUAAUAAGCAAGUUUAUUAAUGCAAUUUUAAAAUAACAUGCGAUUUAUGAGAACUACAAUUAUAGUAUUUUUCAUUGCUUCCUGGAUAUUACUGUUUAUUUACUUAAUUCUUUUUGGACGAAUAGUAAAAACAGAUUCAAAUAACCUUGUGGCAGAAAAGCUCAAAACUCUUGAAAAUGAUAUUUAUCAACAGUUUCAAUGGAACAAAAAGAUUAUUACUUCCUUAAAAAAUGCCAUGGUUACAAUUCCUAGUAUUGAAGAAAAUGUAAUUGCAGAAGAGAAGCAGAGCUCUAAAAAAACUGUAAUUGCUGUUCUUGUAAUAGCUUGUAAUAGAGUUACCGUGAGUCGAUGCUUAGACCAACUUUUAAAGCAUAGACCUAAUUCUGAUCAAUUUCCAAUCAUUGUUAGUCAGGAUUGCGGCCAUCAAGAAACAAUGGAUACUAUUAUGAAAUAUGGUUCACAAGUAACUCUUAUUCAACAGCCAGAUCAGUCAGAUAUUGAAGUUCCUCCCAAAGAGAAGAAGUUUAAGGGUUACUUUAAAAUUGCCAGGCACUAUGGUUGGGCCCUGAAUCAAACAUUUUUCUCUUUAAACUAUGACAAUGUUGUGAUAGUAGAAGAUGAUUUAGAUAUAGCUCCAGAUUUCUUUGAAUAUUUUCUUGGUACACUUCCUCUUUUGAUUAAUGAUCCAUCUUUGUGGUGUGUUUCUGCAUGGAAUGACAAUGGGAAAAUUGGUUUAGUAAAUGAACAUACACCUGGUCUUUUGUAUAGAACUGAUUUUUUUUCGGGAUUAGGUUGGAUGUUAACAAAAUCACUUUGGAAAGAAUUGUUUGUAAAAUGGCCGAAAUCGUAUUGGGAUGAUUGGAUUCGACAACCAGAUCAAAGAAAAGGAAGAGCGUGUAUCAGACCGGAAAUAUCACGAACUAGAACAUUUGGAAAAUACGGAGUUUCUAACGGUAUGUAUUAUGAAAAGCAUUUGAAGUACAUAAAGCUGAACGAAGAAUUCGUGCCUUUCUCAAAAAUGGAUUUAAGCUACUUAAUGAAGGACGCAUAUGAUACGAAAUUUCUAAAAGACGUCAACGAUGCCCCACUUGCUACUUAUCAGCAAUUAAAGGAUAAUGAUAUCCAGUAUGAAGGAACCGUUAAAAUUGUUUAUCAUACGAAAGAAGAUUUCAAACGAACGGCAAAACUUUUGGGACUAAUGGAUGAUUUUAGAAGUGGAGUUCCAAGGACAGCGUAUCGAGGUGUUAUAACGUUUUAUUUUAACGGCAGGACCGUCUAUUUAGCGCCAAACGUUAAUUGGAUGGGAUACAACCUCUCUUGGAGUUAGCCAAAGAUUAGAUUAGGAAUUUAAUAAUUUUAAUUAAAAGGAAAGAAAGAUCAUUCCCCCUGCGAGCAGAGCAGCAGAGAAAUAGGAUUGCAGCAGGCUAGAUCUUUUUAGGAGAUUUAAGAUGUAGGUAAAGCACAAAUAUUAAUUUGAUAUUUUCAAAUGUAUAGAUAUGUAUGUAUUGCAUAUAACUUUUUACGUUUAAGUCUUAAAAUGCAUUUCAUUAAAAGGGUUCAUUUAAAAAUUUUGGUUGUUAAAGAUGGUCCAGUCACACAAAUAUGUAAUUAAAACGUACUUUCAUGUAAUUAAUUGUCUUAUGUUUAUUAUGGUGCUCCUUGUAAGUAUACAUAUAAACUUUACUGUAUAUUAUCGUCUAUCAAGUGGUUGCCUUUCUACAUGGCUAACAACGAAAUUAACUAUCGCUUAAGCUUGGUCUUUUUUCUUCUUUAUUUUUUCUUUCUUAAUCACGCAUUUAUAACAAAAAAUAAGUUACAUUUUAGUUGUAGACGAAUUAUUUUUGAAUGUAUUGGCAGAAUAAUAAACUUUUUUAUUAGGCCUAAACAAAAAUUUUUGGAUAAAAUUAAUAAAAAUAUUUCAUAUAUGGUAAUAUAUUGAGAGGUUUUUAAGCAUUAAUCUCAAAACGUGAUUGUGGACCUAAAUUAGCAAAAAACCAAUCAUAAUUGCCAAAGAAAUUAUUUAGAAAUUGAUGUAGUUUAAAUUAUUAAAAACAAAAAAUAGGAGAUUGGUGCUUUUUCUCUAUUAUAGGCAGUUAAAAAGUUGUUUGUUAAAUAUUAUAAAACAAGCCUGUAUGUACUUGUAUUUAACAGUGUAAAUAAGACUGUAUAUACAUUUAAAUCGACGCUUUUUUCUUGUAAGUAAAAAUAUUUUUUUUACAUCGUCCGUCGUCCGUUUGAUACUAAAGUUAUUGUGCAUAUGCUGUAUAUAUAUUACUACAUAACAAAUGAUCAUUUUUACUUUCUUUAUUCUUUCUUAUUUUUAUAUUAUGUAAUUGUUUUCCAUUUACAUAUAAUCCUUUGUAUUUUAAAUUUUGUAAUAUCUGUGAAAAUAUGAUCAGUGUUAGAAACUUGUGAUUAAAAAAUAACGAUUGUAUUAUUGACUGUUGGUACGUUAUUGAGGUUUAUUUUUAUUUGUAAUAAAAAAGCAACUACG